AGUGUGAAGUCACCGUCGCGAUGCCCACACCUCCUCGCUAUCGCUCGCGAAGAAGCUUUGUAGGAUCAAUAAAGGCUAGAAUCAGCAGCACUAUAACAUUAGUUGCGCAGGUUACCCUCCAGAGGAAGGACCGAAGUUGAUAAAAUAUUUUAUACAACCGGUAGCUUCUCUCAUAGGAUUUAUAUUAAUUUACUUGAAGUGUGUAACAUCAUUAUAUUUCUUGGAUAUUUACUUCGACUACAGCAAGAAACAAGCGAAAUUCGACCAUCAAUCGAUAAGUCGAUAUCAGCAUUGAGUGGAAGAUGCUGGUGGUUGGUCUUGCAUAGAAAUACAUAAACUUAAAUAUACAUCAAUGGUUUUGACUAGUUAUACUAAAGAUUUUCGAGACUUGCAUUCAACUCGACAUAAAGCAAUGCCUCCUUACGUACAGGCCUCAAAUUCUGAUAACAGCUGGAUUUGUAAAACAGAUGAGAUGCCAAACGAAAAAGUGAAGGAGAUAGACUCAGAAAAAGUACCUGAAAGGACAGUCAAAUGUGUCUUGCUCGGCGAUGGUGCUGUUGGCAAGACUAGCUUGGUCGUAAGCUACACGACAAAUGGAUACCCUACAGAAUAUGUUCCAACAGCAUUUGACAAUUAUUCAGUUGUAUUAAAAGUUGACAGCCAGCCUGUGAAAUUUCAACUCUGUGACACAGCUGGGCAGGAUGAUUUUGAUACUCUACGACCAUUGUGUUAUCCAGAAACAGACGUGUUCUUACUAUGUUUCAGUGUUGUUUCACCAACAUCAUAUAUUAACGUACUAGAGAAAUGGUUUCCAGAGGUUCAUCGGCAUUGUCCCAAGACUCCAAUCAUUUUAGUCGGAACACAAUGUGACUUAAGGACUGACGUUAAUGUCCUCAUAGACUUAGCAAAAAACAAUGAACGCCCGGUAACGGAAGCCGAGGCUACGCAGAGGGCAAAGAUCAUGAACGCUGUAGCGUAUUUAGAAUGUUCUGCCCUCACCCAGCAUAACAUGAAAGAAGUGUUUGAUGCUGCAAUGUUGUCCGCACUUAAGAUCACACAGCCUCCAAGAAGGAAGAGCAAACUAGGCAAGAAAUACUUAAAAUCACCACAGAAACAAAAACCAUCCACAUGGAAGAAACUUUGCUGUAUCGUCUGAAUGAGAUCACAAACAUUAUCACAAAUGGAUGCAAUUCAAAGAAUCAACUUCACCAACAUUCCACAGCCGCAAGAUUGCUACUAGCUGGUGUAGAUGUAGCAAGACUUCAGUGGUGGGGAAAUGGUGAUCGUGAGGAAGAGACAGAUGGCGCUGAGAAUUAAACAAUUUUGCAAUCAUAUUAAUUACAAUUUUGAUUCGUGUACAAGCAACUAUGCAAAAGAUUGUACCGAAACCAAGAGUAAAAGCUUACCGUACCUGUGCAUUUUGCAGGUUUUUAAAAUUUAAUCUGUUUAUUUGUUAGGUUGAAUUAUGAAGCAACUCUUCUUAAUUAUUGAUAAUCUGUAUUUAUAACUGUAUACUGAGACAAUUCAAGAAAUAAUUAAUAUUUUCUUUCAAAAGCCAUUUUGAUUGGACCAAACAUGAUAUACAAUUCCAAACGUCACAGCUUACCUAGUGAAAUCAGUGUGGCUGCAAUUAUAAUAAUGAAAUUACAUGUAUAAGUAUGUCCUUGAUAAUGUUUUGUCUCAAUAAUUUCAAACAUUAAGGAAUCAUAAAUAAAUGUUUUUAUUCAUAUUUUGAUUCCUAUUGUACAUUAACUGAGAACCAGCUUGUAAAUAUGUUUAAAGAUAUGAGAUUUAUUUAUUUUGUGGGAAGUAGUAGACUAUACAUAUUUGUGAAAAAAAAAUGUAAAAAAUAUGAAAGAACUUUGUUGGGAUAUUUUUAGGGGGAAUUUUCAUGAUUGGAUGAGCAAAUAUUGUUUGUCCUGUUUUGCUUAAGGUCAAAUAUUAAACACCUGUUUUUCAUUGCAUCCAUUAUCAAUUUUAAAAAUUUAAUUCUGCCAAACAAAAUGUAUCAUUUGUGUUUGCAUAUUACUAUACAGUUUCACGUGACAAAUACCUGUGAUUUGCCAUAUAUAGGCAUGGUGAUGUCAUAUCGCACCCAAAUAUGGAAAAACCACUUGUAUUGAACCUGGAUGAGACACUUUUUUUUUUUAUUUGGCCAAUGUGAUUAAUAUUUUGUUAAUUAAAUUAAAUUUCCAUCAGUCAUGUUGGUAGCCUACAAUUGUUCAUAUCUGCUUUUGUUGUAGAAAAGCAAAUGAAACUAUUUUUAUAGAUAAGAGAAACAUAAGACCAACUACAAAUUUUAUAUAUUAUUAGUCCAAACUUACAUUCAUAUUACCCUAACUAUAGGCUUCAUUAAUGGCAGUAUUAUGUCAACAGCUUGUAAAUACUAUUUUACAGCAUAAAGAAAACAUCUACAUGUUAUAUAACCGGCAUUGUAUCGCUAGCAAAGCUGCUAUUCAAGGUGCUGCUCUAAGCCCUGUGACAUCAAUGGGGCUUAACAUGUGCUUCAUCCGGUGUCAUGAAUUCACUCAGAUUUGUCUGCUUGAAACAAGGUUUUUACAUGUGUCACAGUAAAUAAGUUAUUGUUGCCUGAUUAGACCAAAACACACAUUAUUAUCCUUCUGUUCAGUGUUAUUGUUUACAAUUGUGGAGCUCAUUUAUUGUUGAUGAUUAUUCUCACUUUGUAUCGAAGCAUUAAAAAGUGCAUUGUUGAAAAGAUAAA